AUGACUAAAAAAAGACACCUUUUAGGUGUUUCUAUAUACCAAUUAGCGGAUGAAGUUGAGCGCGAGAGUGGACUGGCUGCCAGCCGGAUGGAAAUAGAUUCGUGUGAUCAUGAAAUCGUGAACAUUAAAACGAAGUUAUGGGUAGAUAAGUAUCGUCCAAAAUCCUACAAAGAUCUUGUUGGUGAUGAGAGCAUUAAUCGAGAUGUAUUAAAGUGGCUAGUGCAAUGGAAUUAUUGUGUCUUUGGCAAAGAAACUUAUCAUAAAGACAAUAUACAAAAUCAGUCUAAUGAUCGAUGGGAUCGGCCAGAAAAAAAGAUUUUACUGCUGACUGGGCCUCCUGGAUGUGGAAAGACGACCUUGGCGCACGUAGUUGCAACGCACUGUGGAUAUAAUAUUGUAGAAAUCAAUGCGAGCGAUGAUCGAACCGGUCAGGUUAUCAAAAACAGAAUUAAGGAUGCUUUGGAAACUCAAUCAGUCGUUUUUAAUAAAAAACCAAACUUGAUAAUAAUUGAUGAGAUUGAUGGGGUUUCCGGUAGUGGUGAUGAGAAUUUUGUUAAAUUACUUUUAGAUUUAGUUGAUGGAGAAAAACAAUUAUCGCGAGAUGUAAACCAAUUGACGUCCAAAGGAACUAAAAAAAGCAAGAAAAAGGAGUCUGCCAAGAAACCAUUGCUUCGUCCUAUUAUAUGUAUCUGCAACGAUCAAUAUACUGCAGCAUUGCGUCCUCUUAAAGCUUAUGCGAAAGUAGUAAAUUUUAAAAGAAUACAAUCAAACAGGCUGGCAAAUAGAUUAAAAGAGAUUUGUGACCGUGAGAAAUUAUCGGUUGAUAUAUCAACCUUAUUUGUGCUAGCGGGGUCAGCAGAAGGUGAUAUAAGAAAUUGUUUAACCACCCUACAGUUUAUCAAACAAAGUUCUAAUGUGGUUACAAAAGAGUUAAUCUCAAAAACAAGCAUUGGUCGAAAAGACACAAAUAAAUCGUACUUUACAAUAUGGGAGGAGAUAUUUCAAACAAGAAGUUCCAAAGUCAGAUCACGUGAUGCAUUUGCUCGAGAUUCCGAGAACAGUGCAAAUCGUUAUAUUGAUCGUUUAGAAUCCAUAAUUAGUACCAACGGCGAAUACGAGAAAUUGAUGCAAGGGUGUUUUGAAAAUUACCUAAAAUGUAAUUUUCAUGAUCAAAAAUUUAAGCUUUCUCAAAUAAAUGAAUGGAUCCAUUUUUAUGAUCAAAUAAAUUAUCGAACAAGCUCAUUGCAAUUAUUUGGAUUAUUUGUCUAUUAUCCAUAUCCGAUUAUUAAUUUUCAUCGAUUUUUCUCUGGUGUUGCACAUCCACGCAUGGAAUAUCCAAGAAAAGAUUAUGAGUGUUAUGUACAACAACAAGCUAACGAAAAUAUAACAAAUUCUGCACUGAAUGGAAUAAAAUCAAAAUAUCGAUUGACCUUAAAUAAGAACAUAUUUGUAACUGAAUUUGUUUCGUAUCUGUUGAAGAUUGUGUCCCCUGAAUUAGAAUCGGAAAGCAGGUUUUCCUCUAAUCUCAAAAAAUCUAUACUUUCACGAGUGGUUGACAUAAUGCUUUCGUUCAAUUUAAAAUACAUUCAAAAAAUUGAAGAUGGGAAAUCAUUUUAUGCUAUUGAACCGCCAAUAGAUCAACUUGUGUUAUUUUCAGACGUGGACUCAAAGAAUUAUGCGUUUAAGAAUGAUAUCACCAAACAUUUGAUAGCUAAAGAAAUUAACAUAAAGCUUGAGAGUGCUGCGGAAGUACGCUCCUUAAGUAUUCAAAAUAAAAAAUCAUCCUCAACUAGCUACACCACUCAAUCAGAAUCGAAAUCCUUAAAGAAUCAACAAAAAGUCGAAACUCAAAUAUUGGAUUUUUUCGGAAGGCCAAAGGCUAACACGGAGUCAUUUACAGAGUCUAGGACAACUGACGAUAACCUGAUUAAACCAAAGGUUUGGUACAGAUACCAUGAAGGAUCAACAAAAGCUACAAUUGAUGAUGCAAAAAUUUAUAAUAAUCAAUAUGUUUUUUGUAAAGAUAAAGAAUUUAUUAACCAAAUUAAAGAAGUAAUAAAUAUUUAA